GUCUGGCGCGGACGAGGAGGCAGGAUUCAUCCCCACCCCCAGCACACACUACACUAGAUUUGGUGAAAGAGUAGCUAACUCCAGCCCACCUCGAGACCGUGCCCCUUCUGGGGAAACCUGGCUGCGAAGAGGUCGCGUCAAACCUCCUCCCUAAGAUUAUUGAAAAAUGGGUGCCCUCCUCUCCAGCCAGGCCUUUUCUACCGAGGUCCCCUUCCCCGUCACUGCAAAGAUGAGAGCUGCAAGUACCAAAGGCGGAUUCUUCUCCCCAAAUUAAUGACAAGUGACAGCCAGCAACAGGGAGACAUGAGAAGUUGGACUACAUGCUGCCCAGGAGAACUUAGUGGUAGGAGAAUUAAUCCCCAAAGAGAUUGAAGUGAGUUUCAGGAUGGCAAAAGAGGAACCCCCGAGUACCACAAGGGACUUGCAGGAGCUGCAGAAGAAGUUGUCUUUGCUGAUAGAGUCCUUCCAGAAUAACUCAAAGGUGGUUGCCUUUCUGAAGUCUCCGGUGGGCCAAUACUUGGACAGGCAUCCUUUUCUGGCCCUCACCCUGCUGGUGUUCAUUGCUGCGUCGGCCAUUCCUGUUGGGUUCUUCCUGCUCCUCGUGGUGCUUACCUCCCUGGCGGCUCUUGUGGGAGUCAUACUACUGGAAGGCCUGGUCAUCUCUGUGGGUGGCCUCUCACUGCUCUGCGUCCUCUGCGGCUUGGGCUUCGUGUCCGUCGCCAUGUCAGGGACGCUCAUGGUGUCCUAUGUGGUGGUCUCCAGCCUUAUCAACUACUGGUUUUCUCCCAGACCACUGAUGCAGCAAAACCCCAGUGGUGAAUGUCAUCUGGCUAUGAAGUCCACAGACUUUGAGGGGCUCUACCAGGAAUGACCAGCUGAACAUCUUUUCAAGCAUCUCUGGAAAGCUGUUGAAUCACACUCGCCCUGUGGCAUUAUGACUCAGAGAAGGGGGUUGGGUAGCCAAGCACUCCCUGGAUGUGUCCGCUAGCUUUUUCACUGUUUGUAGGAUCCUGCGGUGGCCCAUUUGGGGAUCAUGUUGGUCUUGUGUUGGUUCUGUCUGCUGCCCCACCCUAACAUGGGGAAUCAGCAAAGAAAUGCAAUGGCUCAACAGCUGGCCCUGCCUCACAUACCCACUCUCCAAGUGUGCCGAUGUGACCUUGGCAGGGUCCUGGGCCUCUAGAGCUCUGCCCCCGACCCAAAAGCCCAGUUGGGGGCAAAAGUGUAUUGGUUUUAGUGUUUUGUUUUUAGAAAUGCAGAAAGAUUUUUAUUUUUUCACUUAUUUUGAAACAAGUGAAAAAAAAAUCUAAAACAGAACAAGCUCUUCUGUCUUGUGGGCUUUUUAACAGAAAGAACAGCAGCAUUUGGGAAUAAUGGCCCAUCAAAGUUGGCAAAUAGAGGCCACGUGUAACUUUGUGGCCAAGAGUCUUUUUGAAAAAAUGUAGAGGUAUGGUUUCCACUGUUACUGUUGAAUACUGUUCAGUGCUACUAAUCUUUUAAUAUUUGCACUUGAUACUUUUGUAUUGUUUUAAAGAAUUUGUCCUGUUAAGCUAUUUCUUAAAAAAAAAAAAAUAGUAAAGGACUACAAAGUAAAAAAAAAAACAUCCUAU